UUGAAGCAAAUCAGAGCAGCCUCUUCAUGAAAGACGAAGCAGCGGAGCCCAACACAUCGCCGAGAUUUGUUCUCUGGAAUUAUACACUUUUUUUACGGCCUCUUUCGUUGAAAUCACUUUCAGAAUGACGACCAUGUAAAGUUAGUGUGCGGUUGGCUAAUGCAUUCAAGGGAAUACAUAUAUAGAUAUUGAAUGAGUUCUGUUGGCUGCCGAGCAGAGACCGUUUUGGGGCAGCACCGGAGACAGACCGAGGGCGAGGGAAAACACGGCAAAGACCACUUUCGUUAACCCGCUCAACAUGAAUCUCAUCGGGGGCUACCAGCAUCACCACCACCUGAUGCACGAGCCCUUCCCGUUUGUCCAGCGGUGUCACCAGGAUGCACCGUACUUCCAGAGCUGGGUGGUGAACCACGGCGAGAUGCCCCCGGACUUCCAGAUACAGACCCCUUACCCGGCCGCGGAGCACGGAGCGCCGGGAACGACGCACGACGCAAGGCUGGAGGGGCUCCAGGCCGGGAUGGGGAAGAGGAGAACGUCGGGGCCGAAGAAGGAGCGCCGGCGGACGGAGAGCAUCAACACAGCUUUCUCCGAGCUCAGGGAGUGCAUCCCAAACGUUCCGGCGGACACAAAAUUGUCGAAAAUUAAAACUUUACGACUGGCCACCAGUUACAUCGCCUACCUGAUGGAUGUCCUGGCCAAAGACACCGGGGAAACGGAGGGCUUUAAGGCCGAAAUUAAGAAAUUUGAAAACCGUGAUAUUAAGAGGAAAAGGGAGCAGACUGACGGGCUGCAGGAGGCAUUAGGAGCCGAGAAGAAGGCGAAGGGCCGGACCGGGUGGCCGCAGCAGGUCUGGGCUCUGGAGCUCAACCAGUGACCUCCCUCCUCCACGACCCCCCCACCCCCCCCCCCUAAAACACCCCGAGACUCUGGAUUCAAAUCAGAUUAAAAAAACCACUGCCUGACUGAACCUAAGACACCGCUGUGCAAGUGCAAUGAAGCACAAAAUGAGAGAAUUAAAGGACAACAUGCUAACAAGGUGAGGAGGAGAACACCAUGGACACGUUGUUGAUCGUUUCUCUCCCGGUGUGGUUUCAGACAAUUCUGACUGUAGGUGUUUGAUAUUUGUGGUACUUCAGUUUUUUGAUGUUCGUACUGUAGACCAGAUGUUGCCACGAUGUCAAAACACGUUUGUCUCCCCGAAAAAUGUGUUUUUAUCUGGUGUCUUGAGUGGUGCUGUUUAGAAACAGCAUUGCAGAGCAAAAUAAAUAAACAAAAAAACCAAACAUUUUUUACACUUAUUUUGGCUCAGCUGGGUUUGAUCUGCCCGAAAUGUUUGGUAAUUUAUGACAAAUUAGUCACACUAGCUGCAUGGCAGAGUACACCAUUUUAAUAUCGAUAUUUUUGUGCAAUCAGAAAGCAGUUAUAGGUAAAUUCUCUUUUAAUACUUUGCCAAAUUAUAACAAAAAAAAAUAUUCUGGCAUGGACUAAGCUACUUUACUUUUUUUGCUACGUGAUGCCACGAAACAUUCAAACUAUCAAAUAGACUCCUAUAUAAACCCGAUUUACUUUCAUUUGUUUUCCAAUGCUCAUUAUAACAGUGUUGAUGGUUGGUAAAAUGUCAACUGACAACAAAUUAGAAAACUGACCAUUGUUAAAUCACACAAACUUAUUUUAACUACAAGGCAAUUAUGAAUUCACCAAUAAACGAAUUGGCUGAAAUGUGAUCUCGUAUGAAACGGAAUGAAAUGAAAAUAAAUCUCGAAAAAUAAUUGAUGUCCUGGUGGGAGCCGAGUCCAGAGGAAACACAUUUUUGAGGGGAAGCUUUUAUUCUUUUUUUGUCACCGAUUUUUCCCUCUGAAUUAGGCAGACAGAAUAUUAACAGUAUUAUUAACCAAGUAUUUGUGGUUGGAUAUGGUACAAAAAACAAAAACAAAUGGAGUCUUGACUGUACACUUUACCGGCUGUUGUUGAUGUUUCUUGUUGAAAUUUAUUGAAUUUACUGAAUCUACCUCAAAAUUAAUGUCACUGUCCUUCCUGAGACACAGAAUGUUCUGUUAACGCACAGCUUUCACUCCGACAAACAUUAAAACUAAAACAAGGGAUAAAUGGUUUAUUUCUGUGCGAUAUGUUGAUUGAAAUGUACAUUGGAUGUGAAGUUAUAUAUUGUUCCGUAAAUAAAUGAAUUAUUUUAAGUCAC